UUAAUAACACAUAAGUAGGAUAAGAACACAUCUAAAACCACCUUCCCUCCCUGCCCCUUCUUCCCAGGCUCAACUUCACUCUUGACUUCUCUACCUCCUCUUUCCAAGUGGCACAACAGGAUGGGGAAUGGGAAUUGCUAACAGUUUAUUUUGUAUUGUCUCUGUUACUCCUUCCUCCUCGCCCUGCUUCAGUGUGGGGUCCCACAUCACAAACUGCUCCAGCAUGGGUCUGUCCCACAGAGUGCAGUCUUUCAGGAACAGACUUCUCCAGCACAGGUCCUCUAUGGGGUCACAAGUCCUACUCCAGCAUGGGCUUCUCUCCAUACCAUCACAGGUCCUGCCAGGAGCCUGCUCCAAGUGCGGGCUCUCCAUGGGGUCACAGAUUCCUUCAGGUUCAUCCACCUGCUCCAACGUGGGGUCCUCGAUGGGAUAUGGGGGACAGUCUGCCUCACUGUAGUCUUCACCAACGGGCUGCACAGGCACCAUCCCUGCUCUGGUGCCUGGACCAUCUCCUCCUUCACUGACUUUGGUGUGUCCUUAGUUGUUUCUCUCACGUGUUCUCACUUCUCUCUCCCAGAUGCUGUUGUGCAUCAGUUAUUACCCCUUCUUCAGUAUGUUAGCACGGAGUCGCUACCAACAUCGCUGAUUGGCUCAGCCUUGGCCAGCAGCAAGUCUGUCUUGGAGUUGGCUGGAACUGGCUCUGUUGGACAUGGGGGCAGCUUCCAGCAUCUCCUUACAGAAGUCACACCUGCAGGCCCCCUGCUACCAAAACCCUGACACAUAAACCCAAUACUCUCUGCCAGGGGACUACGGAGUAAACCCCUGGGGGUUACCGUGGGAGGAGGCGAAGGCCACCAUUGGCCAGGCUCAGCCUACAUCUCCUUGGGUGUCAGGAUGCUGCUGCAUCCAGGAGGGAUGCCCCCUGCAUCCGGGAGGGAUGACUUCACACCCACCCAAAUUCCCCCAGCACUCACAGCUGCUGGCCAGAGAGCCCCAGCCCAGCCCUCCAACACCCAUACCGCUUCCCCCUAGGGAACACACCUGGCCAUGCCCUCCCCAAAACCUCAGCACAGGCCUCAUUGGCUACCAGGGCUGCCUCAUGACACUGUCACUGGCAGAGCUGCACAGGCAGUGUAGCCCUUGGGAGAAGCGUGCGGUCACAGCUCAUGUGGCCACUUCCUUCUCCUGCUACUCUUUCUCCUGCACACUUGCUGCUGGUACCAUGCAGCCCACUUGCCGUGUCCUCCUCUUCUUCCUUCUCCUCUUGCUUCCUGGGAUGUGGGCAGAUCCAGAGGGCUCUUGUAAACUCCACAUUUUCCAAACCUUUGUCUUCCACAACACCAACUUUGUGGACACUUCGGCCUGGGCCACCCUGGAGGACAUCGUCUUUGCUAGCCUGCACAAACCCACCUGGGACAUCCAGUACCUCUACCCAUGGGUCUACCCCUCCCUGCCUGCAGCAGAGUGGGACAACCUGAAAAACCUCUUCAAUGUCUACAUGCACAACCUCAUCCUGUCCCUGUCGGGUGAUGCCAAGCAGUACCAGACACCCUACCCCUUUGUGUUCCAGUGUGCAACUGGCUGCAACUUGUAUCCCAAUGGCUCCUAUACCAAAUUCUACCAUCUCGCCUACAACACCCACAGCUUCCUCAGUUUCAACGUGGACAAUCUCCUCUGGGAGAGGCAGCAGGAGACUGAGUUGGCAACGCAAGUUGAGAGGAAGUUCAACACCUUUACUGGUUUCUCUGAGACUCUGCAGCACCUUCUAAAUGUCACCUGUGUUGACCACAUGAAGAAAUUCAUCAAGUAUGGGAAGGCCUCUCUGAAGAGACAAGGUGAGACCACUCUGGCACACACCCCAAUACCCACACACACACUGGGGCCAAGCAGUGCCCCACAGGUGCUCCCCUCACCCCUUGGCUCUUACACCCCAGAGCUGCCCGUGGCCACAGUCUUUGCCCGCACGCCCAGACCAGACCAGCUCCUGCUCAUUUGCCACGUCACUGGCUUCUACCCACGGCCCAUCAGCGUGGCUUGGCUGCAGGAUGGCCAAGAGGUGCCACCAGGCCCAGCGCUCAACACCAGUGCCAUCCUGCCCAACGCAGACCUCACCUACCAGCUCCGCAUCACCCUGGCCGUGGCUCCCCAUGACGGGCACAGCUAUGCCUGCUGCGUGCGCCACCGCAGCCUGGGCACCGGCAGUCUCCUCAUCCCGUGGGGCAGCUCCAAUAUUGCUCUCAGUGUUGGCAUCACCAUCACAGUGCUGCUGACCAUGGCUGCAGUCCUUGCUGGGGCCAUCUGCCACUACAGGCGCAGGCGCUGAGACCACAAGAGACAGCACACCUGUGACACCCUGAGGCCACAUUGGCUCCCUACAUAUCCCUGGUAAUAAACCACUAAUUAACACCCCCACCUAUGUGGGAACUCUUGGUGCACCAUCACCAGUGCCAUAAGCACAUGGCAUCGCGUGACUCCUGCCCACCCCAGGACAGAGAAGGAGAGCCUCGGUGCAGCGCAGAAGCAUGUCCACACUCCUCAUCUCAGGGUGAAACACCGGGACAGCUCCCCAACACCAAAAGGGUGUCCCUGGCCCCAGCCCCUAGUCCUGGGGCACCAGGCUCCCCACGAAAAAGCAGGACUAAGCCAGUGCCAAUGCAGGCUGUGGCAGUGAUGGGGCAGGGCAAGGGAGGAUCAU